AUGUCUGGUCUGGAGGCGAGCUCGAAUGAAGCUUUAGAGCUGAAAGAAGAGAAGGGCUUUGACGUGGAGCUCGAAGGAAAUCCCGAUUUUGAUUACGGACGUGAUCCCUUCGAAUAUUUAUUUUACAGGGACAGGAAAGAGUGGUCGGACCUGGAGCCCGUUCCCCAGGACGAUGGACCGAACCCCGUCGUGAAGAUCGCAUAUUCUGAAAAGUUUACUGAUGUAUUUGAUUAUUUCCGUGCACUACUGAAGAACGAUGAGAAGAGUGAGAGGGCGUUCACCCUGACGGCUGAGGCCAUUGAGCUGAACGCAGCUAACUACACUGUGUGGCACUACAGGCGUGUGCUGCUGCAGGCCCUGGAGAAGGACCUGAGGCAGGAGAUGAGGUACAUCACCGCCAUCAUCGAGGAACAGCCCAAGAACUACCAAGUGUGGCAUCACAGACGCAUGGUGGUGGAGUGGCUCAGCGACCCCUCGGAGGAGCUGGAGUUCAUCGCAGACAUUCUCAGUCAAGACGCAAAGAACUACCACGCCUGGCAGCACCGGCAGUGGGUCAUCCAGGAGUACAAGCUGUGGGACAGCGAGCUGGAGUUCGUGGAGAGGCUCCUUGAGGAGGACGUGAGGAACAACUCGGCCUGGAACCAGAGGCACUUCGUCAUCUCCCACACCACGGGCUACUCGGACCCCGCCAUCCUGGACAGGGAGGUCCAGUACUGCCUGUGUCAGAUCCGGAAGGCUCCGCACAACGAGAGCGUGUGGAACUAUCUAAAGGGGAUCCUCCAGGACCGGGGCCUGUCGUCCCACCCCGGGCUCCUGGAGCGCGUCCUGGAGUUGAAGGAGACCCAGUGCUCCCCGUACCUCCUGGCCUUCCUGGUGGACAGCUACGAGGACGCCCUGGAGACCAACAACACCAGGGCCACCCUCAACCAGGCCCAGGAGGUGUGCGCGCUGCUGGCCCAGGUGAAGGACACCAUCAGGAGGGAGUACUGGCUGUUUCUGGGCCGCUCCCUGGAGAGCAAGUACGGCCCCACCGCCGCCCCCCAGUCGGACGCCGCCUCCAGCGAUGCUGCCGACCAGCAGGAGCUGAGUUAACCCUCUGCGGGUCCACGGCCCGGUCCGGAGCCCGGUCCACAGCAUAUUCCGGUCCGUAGCCCGGGUCCGGUCCGGUCCACACCAUAGUCCGGUCCACAGCAUAGUCUAGUCCUGGUGAUCCUCCACACCAUGGCUGGGAAUAACCCCUGCGCCCACAGCUUCAAGUUUACAGCGAUGUGUCCCUGUGCACUCCGAUACCGUCGACCCAGACUCAAACCGGACUCAAACGCAUCAAGUUCGCUACGACAUUGUCAAGGAUCAGCAGACUACUGGUCUGCCUUUUAAGAGGAAGAUAUCUAAUUGGACAACUGCCUUUCGACUGGCUGUGUAGCGGUAAUAAAAAAGGAGCGGUAAAAGUGGAACAAGCUAAGUGUUUAGGUGCAUGUUGGUCUGACCGGUCAGGAUGACUUCUGACGGUUUCUAAGAGUCUGUUACUCAGUGAUGCGUCGCUUUGUGUGUGAAUUGCAACUAGACGAGCCGUGUUUGUGUUUGUGCUUUGAUAGAAAUAUCACCUGCAUUGUAAAAAGACAUGAUUAAAAAAAUGUAACCUGAUCGUCUUGAUGAUUUUUUUUUUCCUUUAC